AUGGGUUCAAGAGCAAUCUUUAAGAAUCAAUUGACAAGUACACCAUUAUGGCAUGUAGUUGAUGCUACAGGACACCAUGUUGGUAAGUUGGCAUCAAAGAUUGCUGGCUUGUUGAGAGGCAAACAUAAACCAAUUUUCGAUAACUCUGCGCCAUUGCAAUGUGGAGACUUUGUAGUAGUAUUGAAUGCACAUCGUAUAGAGUUUACAGGUAAAAAGUGGGAUCAAAAGUUGUACCGUAAGCACAGUGGUUACCCAGGCGGUCUCAAAGAGACCAAGGCCAAGGACAUGCGUAUCGACAACCCAGAAUAUAUCAUUCGUCAUGCCGUUAUGGGCAUGCUCCCACGUAACAACAACAAGUCUUACCUCGGACAACGUCUCAAGGUAUACGAUGGCAUCCACAACCCACACCAAGGUCAAAUCGCUCAAAUCCCAACUUCACCAAUGCAACUCAACAUUGGUCCAUACGAAGCACCAUCAUUCGAACCAACUGAACAAGAGAUCAACGACUACUUUGCCGGUUACCAAGUAGAGGUUGUCAACAACGACGAACAAUUGUCAAUGGUCGAAACAAAGGUCAUUUCACACAAGGAAAAGUUAAAGAUCGAAAGAAGAUUAGAGAGAAAGAGACGUGUUGGAGAAUUGAGACCACUCAAAAUAGAUUUAUCAACUCAACAAAAGAAACAAUAA